CCUAUCUACCUAUCUUAAUGGAGGAACCGCUACUGGACACAGCUGCGGGCGCUGAUCAGUUGAGCACUAAGCCUCAUGAUCUGUAUGAAGGUGGGAACGAAGACUAUGCUCCAGUGAGGAGCUUCGAUGCGCUGCGGUGUAUGUUUUGGAUCGAGACAGUGAAGCUCUGGAAAAUGGCAGGUCCGGCAGUGAUCACUAUGUUGUGUAUGUAUGGGACUAACUCAGCUGUCGUUCUCUUUGUUGGUCAUCUCGGAACUGUAGAGCUCUCAGCUGUCUCCAUUUCUCUAGCCGUCAUUUCCACAUUCGCUUUUGGAUUCUUGUUUGGCAUGGGGAGUGCUCUGGAGACCUUGUGUGGGCAGGCAUUUGGAGCUGGGGAGAUUCAUAUGCUUGGGAUUUACAUGCAGCGCUCGUGGAUAAUCCUAUUAGUAACCAGCCUCUUCAUCUUGCCAAUUUACAUCUUUGGCACACCCGUUUUGAAGUUGCUAGGCCAAGAAGAUGACAUAGCCAAUCUAGCUGGAGAAUUUACAAUCCAAACAAUCCCCUCAUUGUUCUCACUUGCCAUUAUUUUUCCAGCUCAGAAAUUCCUUCAGGCUCAGAGAAAGGUUAUGGUCCUUGCAUGGAUUGCAGUUUUUGGUUUGAUCAUACAAAUUGGACUGCUCUGUCUCUUCAUUUUGGUGUUUGGUUGGGGCACACUGGGUGCGGCUGUUGCAUUUGACAUUGUAAGAUGGGGCAUGGCAAUUGCUCAAGUUGUGUAUAUAAUGGGUUGGUGCAGGGACGGCUGGACUGGGUUUUCAUGGUUGGCUUUCAAGGAGAUAUGGGCCUUUGUAAGACUUUCCCUUGCCUCUGCUGUCAUGCUCUGCCUUGAGAUUUGGUACACGAUGAGCAUACUCAUUCUCACAGGCCAUCUUGAUAAUGCAGUUAUAGCAGUUGGUUCCCUUUCUAUUUGCGUGAACAUUAACGGAUUUGAACUAAUGUUGUUCGUUGGAAUAAAUGUGGCAAUAAGUGUGCGUGUCUCCAAUGAGCUUGGAUCAGGACGACCAAGAGCUGCCAAAUACUCUGUCUAUGUGACAGUAUUUCAGUGUCUUCUAAUUGGGAUUUUUUUCACGAUUGUGAUCUUGAUAACCAAAGACAGUUUUUCCCUACUUUUUACAAGUGACAAGGAUCUGCAACAAGCGGUCGCUAAGCUAGCAUAUCUUCUUGGUAUAACUAUGUUGCUCAACAGCAUCCAGCCAAUAAUAUCAGGGGUUGCAAUUGGAGGUGGAUGGCAGGCACUGGUAGCUUAUAUAAACUUGGGUUGUUACUACAUUUUUGGACUUCCUCUUGGAUAUCUUCUUGGUUAUACUGCAAAUCUGGGUGUUGCAGGACUUUGCGGGGGCAUGAUAUGUGGAACUGCUCUCCAAACCUUGCUUCUGAUGAUUGUGCUCUACAAAACCAACUGGAAUAAAGAGGUGGAGCAAGCAACAAAACGAGUGAGGAAGUGGGGUGGUCAAGACGUCACAGCUGAGAAUGGAGCUCAAAGUACCUGAAAUUCUUUGCUCCUUCAAUGUUCAAUGUUCAAACUUUUUGUUUUGGAUGAAUAAAUAUCCUUAAGUACAAGUACAAAAAAGGCAACGAUAUAGUGAGAUUUCUAGCUUUGCCAUUUUCAGAGGCCAAUGCAUAUUCCUCUGUUCAUAAGCUUAACGGUGUCGGCGCCUAUUUUUGGACUUUGGCCAACCAUUACCAUGAUUUGAGUA